UAUUAAGCAGAAAAUAUUGGAUGUGUAGCUGCUUCACGUCAUUUCCUCUUCCGGUGUAGAGGCGUGUACAAAGGAUAUCUUUGCCGCGUGCUGGUCGUCUUGUGCCAAGUGUUUUCUAAGUCUUCUAAACUGUACAGCUUCCAUGUUCUUGAGUUAAGAACACUGACAGUGUUGGUGGAACAUGGAGGCGUUUCACAACAUCAUGCUGGACUAUCCGGAGUUAAUGUAUGGAGGAGUUGGCGUGACAGCGUUUGUCACCAGUGGAGCGCUCAUUUACAAAAUUGCUACUCGAAAGAAGCCAACCCAUGCAAAUGUGAACUGUUGGUUCUGUAAUGAGAAUACAGUGGUGCCUUAUGGGAACAGGAACUGUUGGGACUGUCCCAACUGUGAACAGUACAAUGGCUUCCAGGAGAAUGGUGACUACAAUAAAACCAUCCCAGCCCAGUAUAAGGAAGACCUGAAUCAUGGAGUUUCUGGAAGUGUCCCCUCAUUGGAGACAACAAAGACACUGCAGUGGGUCAACUGUCAAAUGCUGCUGUGCAAAAAGUGCAACAACAACCAGUCCUUGAAGAUCAAACAGUUGGCCUCAUUUAUCCCAAGGGACGAUGAAAACUUUGAUGAGGAAAUUGAAGCCUACAAGCAUCACCUGGAGCAGACCUACAAGUUGUGCCGGCCCUGUCAGACAGCAGUGGAGUAUUACAUUAAGUAUCAGAACCGUCAGCUCUGCACGCUGCUCCUCAACCAUCAGCUGCGACGCUCCAGAGACUCAAAAAGCUUUGAAAAGAGCUCCUGUUCCCUGGCAUCUCCUGUGGGAGUCACACUGUUACGGGCACUCGCCUUCCUGGUUUGCUCUUUCCUCGUCGCCACUUGUUUCCUUGACUUUCCAGCGCAGCCUCUUUCAUCCAAUGGCUCACAUUCAGUAAGCAGUGUUACCAUCUCUUCUUCUAAACCCUCAAAUGAAUCCAACACUGAAAACAGCGGCAGUGUUGACGGUCCUGUAUGGCAGAGGUGGUUGGAGCUGAUCCCAAAUAAUACGAUGCACACUGUCAAAGUGAUGUGGCAACACGGAAAAGACAACCAGCUGGCUGUGGUCUCUGUGGGCCUGUUAACUUGCCUCACUUCAAUCUUCUUUGCAGGACCUGCGAGGCUGAGGAGAAUCGAUGCCGUGGCCUCGGUCUUGUGGUUUGUGAUUCUGUGCCUCUUCCUGACUGACACCUACUGGACAGAUGUCUGCAGUUGGAUGGACACAGCCAAACACUGUAGCAUCGUUCUCUGUUGCCUGCUCAGCCUCACCGCUGCUCUGGCAACACGAAAACAGCUCGGUCCACGGAGAGGCAAAUAUCGAAGAUACCUAGCAGGCAGCUCCACAGCCUCCACCUUCAGCAGCCAGUCUCCUGACCCGAUGGAGUCUUUUAUUCCCACUCCACCUCCAAACCUUUCCCAUCUCCUCAACUGCCAACAGAGUCGCAACAAGUGCCGUGACUCCCCCUCCUCCCUGCCUGGACGACUAAACAGGACCCUCUGCCUCGGCACCCUGCCCUCCAUCAAAAGAACAGACUCAGGUUACCUGUUCAGUGGCAGCAGACCACCCUCACAGUAUAAAGACUCUCCAUCCUCAGACUAUUUUUCACUGAAGUCCUGGAGUCACCCAUCAUCUCCAAGCCACUCUCCCACUCCUUCCAUCGCAGGUUCCUGUACGUCCAGCUCGGAAUCUGCCAGACGCCGUCCCCUCAUCAGUCCCGCUCGCUUAAACAUAACCCGUCAGAGACUCUGGAUUUUCUCCACAGAACCAGAGCCAAAGCUCUUCUCCACUCAACCUGCCUCACCUUCAUACUCCACCGUCGGUCCAGACUCUCCCGUCUACAGUGGACGCUUUUCACCAGACAUUCCUCCAUUCCAAAGCCAAAAUGAUUUCAGUCUGAGAGGCAACAGUGUGGUAGACAGAGAAGAGAGGAAUGAGACGUGCAGCUCCUCAGACUCUUCCUCAUGUGUGGUUGGUACAACAACACAGGUCCCAGAGAUCCCACCUCCUUCAGAAGGUCUAUGGAAACGUUUCAUGGUUCCAGGACUCCUGACACUGAGCCUGACUGCCAACCUGCUCAGUGUCUGCCUCUGUAUGUAUCACUACUGGAGUUGAGCUGUUAAUGCAUCACCAUGUUGUUCAGCGAGAUGAUGGAUUUUUUUAUUGCAUCAGAAAUACCUCCUGUGUUUUGUUGGCUUAAAAAGAAAACAACCUAAUGUUCUUGAAUGUGUGAUUUAUAACGGCUUUAGUGGUCUUGCCUGGACUCACGUUUGUCUUCUUAUUAUGUUAUAUGGAGUCACUAAGGACAAAAUGAUCCAUUAAAAAAAAGAUUACAACUAUGGGUGAAUUAGACUUGACAGAUCAGACUCUGUUGUCUCGGAAAAACCUGCACAAAUUAUUUUCGAAAAACAAGUUGCUAAUUUUGAGAUUGGUGUACAGACCAACAUAUUGCUUCUUCUGAAAUAAUACAUUUCUGUGAUGCUGCAUUUACGCAUUAACAGUUGAAUGUCAUUUUGUGGCACGUUGGCCCAGAGGCAACGUCUCUGUCAUUGGUGUGGAACCCCAGGGUUCGCCUCCUGGGCAAGAUCGAAUCUUGGUUAGGGCGGUUGGUACCUUCCAGUGGACUCACCACCUGCAGGAAGGUUUGGGGGGGUUGGUACGGUGCAGUGUGAUUUGGGUGGCAGUCAUGGAGACUGCUGCCCCUGUGACCCGGUAAUGGAUAAGUGUAUGAAAAUGGACGGAUGAAUGUCAUUUUCUCGUGAAGUUUCUCCAUAUAAGAGUCUCAGUUAUUAAGGUCAACGUUUCCUCAGGAGUUCAGACUUAGCAGCUGGACCUUAUGAGAAACGCUGGUCAGGUCUAGUUGCCAAAGUCUAAUCUUCUAAUGUGAAAUGAUGAUGUUUUAAAGUGUGCACACAUUAAAGAACUCCAUGGUUGAUUUCUUGGGAAGAAAGUUAUUGGGAAACACUAAAAACAGACGGAAUAGAGCUCAUAUGUUGGUUGUAAUUUAUAAGAGUCAUCCUCAUUUAGUCUUGAUUUUCUUAAAUCUGUCUCCUGUCUGUGUGUUCUGCCUGGACAGACUUGACUCCAUCAGUUUGCAUUAAAAAUGGUUGAUGUUACAGUCAUUUAGAUCUUAUAUCAUAACUGAAAAUGUAAAUAUUUUAUUUGCAGAUCCUUUGUCUUCAACUUAUAUGGGUAAAGGUUUUUUAGUCAAGUGCAAUACUGUUCUUACAUGUAUGAAAGUAUAUUCACAUUAAGUUGCCAUUAGCUUGAAAAAGAUGCACGGUCACAUUACUGGUUAUAAAAGCUACAAACUUUCUUUACAGCUUAAACAUUUGUUUGUUUUUCCUCGUUUUUGAUUUGUUUUUGUUUAAUUUAGGCAAAAAAUUGUGCGUUGGCCUCAACAUAAAUCUGUUGACUGAAAUGUAAUUUAUAAAUUGUAACGGUGUAAAUAAGCCCACUUAUCUUGGUAUCUGGAUAUGAGCGGUGGAGAUUUUUGGGGGGUUUCACUAGCAUGAAACAUUUGCUAUUUUUAAAAAUGUAAAAAAAAAAUAGAGCACAGAAUAAUCACUGAAAUUGUUAAAAGGGGUCUUAAAAAGUUAGACUACUGUAGGACAGAAAACUACCAUUAGAUGAUCUGAAUAAUAGUUUAAUUUUUCAAACUAUUGUUAGAAUCAACACUGCAUUUGUAUGUGAUUUGGAACCUGGAGUUUAUUUCUUCUCUGAAGAAAAUGUGUAAACUGAAAGAUGAAGUACAUGUUAAAAUGUAACUGCUCUUUCUUUCUGACUGCUCUGUGGAACUCAGUGUGAACUCGUGAAUGAAUUGGUAUUUAUUUUCACUUUUGUAAAUAAAAUACAGUGCUUUACUUUAGCAACAACUUAAGUGAAGUGAACUCUUUAACAAUCACAAUGACUGUGUUGUUGUUGUUUAAGGUGUGAUUUUCGACCUUUUUUGGCGUAACCUGUUGAUGCGUAUGUUUGUGUGUGGAACACAUUUUGACCUUUGUAUGUGAAUGAGAAGCGACACUGGCUUGUUUCAAUAAAAUGUUAUAUUUCUAUCUACUAUAA